AUGAGUCGUUCAUACGAUAGAGCUCUUACCGUGUUCUCACCUGAUGGUCAUUUGUUUCAGGUCGAAUAUGCUCUCGAAGCAGUGCAGAAAGGAACCUGUGCGGUUGGCGUGCGGGGUAAAUCAUGUGCGAUAUUGGGAGUAGAGAAGAAGUCGGUAUUGCAAUUGCAAGAUCCCAGGACCGUUCGAAAAGUAGCGAUGUUAGAUGAUCACGUUUGUCUGGCGUUUGCGGGCUUGACGGCAGACGCCAGAAUAUUGAUUGAUAAAGCUCGAACGGAGUGCCAGUCCCAUCGAUUGACUGUUGAAGACCCGGUUACAGUGGAAUACAUAACUCGCCAUAUCGCACAAAUCCAACAGCGAUACACUCAAUCUGGUGGUGUCAGACCGUUCGGAAUCUCAUGUCUUAUCAUUGGGUUCGAUGCCAAUGACAACGUCCCUCGUCUCUAUUCAACAGAACCCAGCGGAGUUUUUUCAUCGUGGAAGGCUAAUGCGAUCGGUAGAUCUUCGAAGACGGUCAAGGAAUUUUUAGAAAAGAAUUGGGCCGAAGGUCUUAGCACAGAGGAAUCAAUCAAACUAACUGUUCGCUCAUUACUCGAAGUUGUUCAAACUGGAGCGAAGAACAUCGAGUUGAGUAUAAUGGACGGUUUUGGAUCUUUCCGGCAAUUGAGCCUGAGUGAGUUAGAGGCGGUAGUUAGUGAGAUAGAGAAGGAAAAAGAGGUAGAACAACAACGAUUGCGAGAUCGCAGGGCUGCUACCGCUGCUAGUCAAGCCGCAAUGGGUCGAAGAGCUGGUGAUGAAUAG